AUGCCCAAGGCCAAUAAACAUGCGGAGGUAAAACCCUCUAAGUUUAGAACAGCUCUCUGCGAGUUUUAUCUUCGUCAGGAGGAAUGUCCGUUUGGAACCCGUUGUGCCUUUGCCCAUGGUGAACACGAACUCCAGACAGAAGAACGUAAUGUAGAAUUGCUCAGGGCGACUGGGUUACAGCGACUCGACGGUGCACCUUUACCAUCUCAAUCACUAUGUAGCGCGACUUCGGCUGAAAGUUCACUUCUUGCUGUACUUCCGGCAAUAACGUCACAUCCACGGCGACGACCUGUUAUUGUUUCCUUACCCUACUGGGGUGAUUCACCUGCUGUGGGAUGUGAACAGCAUGAAGUGGAGUCCAAUACUACAUUCCGUCCAUCCCCAAGUGUUGUCUCGCGCUCACAUGCGCACCGUGGUCGCUGCUGCAACAGUUUUUCCGCCACCUGUUCCACAGAGGCUCCAUUGAUGUACCGACACAAUCCAUAUGGUCUGUCAAACCAAUACCUCUGA